AUGCGGAUUGCAGCUCUGAUCCUCGCUGCCGGUCUGGCUGCAGCCGCUCCCUCCCCCGACAAGGGCGGUCAUCAGGGCAAGGACCCUCGCCCCUCCGUCACCAACAUCCAGGUCGGAUCGCGCCCGUACUACCUGGUUGACGCGAUGGCAGACAGCCCACUGAAGAAGAAACUGGAGUCCUGCCAGGAGAAGCGCAUCAAGAAGUCAUCCAAGUUUUCCAUCUCGCACCGCGGCGCUGCGCUCCAGUUCCCCGAGCACACCCGAGAGGGCAUGCUGGCAGCCGCACGCCAGGGCGCCGGUAUCAUCGAGUGCGACGUGGCCUUCACCUCGGACCGACAGCUCGUGUGCCGCCACUCGCAGUGCGACCUGCACACGACAACCAACAUCCUCGCCAUCCCCGAGCUGGCAGCCAAGUGCAGCAAGCCCUUCCAGCCCGCGGCCAACGGCAAGUCCGCCUCGGCGCGCUGCUGCACCUCCGACAUCACCCUGGCGGAGUUCAAGACGCUCUGCGGCAAGAUGGAUGGGUCCAACCCGGCGGCCACGACGCCCGAAGAGUACCAGCUGGGAACGCCCGAUUGGCGCACAGACCUGUACGCGACUUGCGCGACCCUCAUGGACCACAACGAAUUCAUUGCGCUGGUCGACUCGCUGGGCCUGGAUUUCACCCCGGAGCUGAAGACCCCGCAGGUCGCCAUGCCCUUCCAGGGCGACUAUACGCAGGCCAUGUACGCGCAGCAGCUCAUCGACGACUACAAGAAGCACGGCAUCCGCCCGUCGCGCGUGUGGGCGCAGUCCUUCCUCCCAGACGACAUUUUGUACUGGAUCGAGAAGGAACCUGCCUUCGGGAAGCAGGCGGUCUACCUCGACGAGCGCGUCGACACCGCCGCGGGCUACCAGACUGCCGUCGAUGGAAUGGACGAGCUCGCGAAGAAGGGAGUCAAGAUCAUGGCCCCGCCCAUCUUCGCGCUGCUCAACACCACCGCCGACGGCGAGAUCGUGCCCUCGGAGUAUGCGCGGGCCGCGCAGAAGGCCGGGUUGGAGAUCAUCACCUGGUCGCUGGAGCGCUCGGGUCCGCUCAAGCAGGCGGCUGCCAAGUCCGAGUACUAUAUCGAGACGGUCAAGUCGACCAUCACCGGCGACGGCGACAUGUACCGGAUCGUGGAUGCGUUGGCCCGCAAGGUCGGCGUCAAGGGCAUUUUCUCGGAUUGGCCGGCGACAGUGACCUAUUAUGCCAACUGCAUGGGUCUGAACUGA